CGCGCCUCACAAACGCGUAGCGAGCGCAUCUACAGGAUCGAUAUAUCGAUAUAUCAGGACAGUGAGCGGAUCGAUCAGAGGGAUCAAACCAACGGUUGGCCGUCCAAGCGUUUCUGCGAGACUUCAGCAGAUCACAAUGUGUAACAUGGAGCCUCUUUUACCUGGAUUCAGAAACGCGUUAAAGCGUCAGGCGGCGUUCGAGAUGUUCGAAGACCCCAUGUCUCUGUUCUCGGGCUUCUGUCCGGUGGAGGAGGAGCAGGCGGCUCAGGAGGUCCCGUCCGGGCUGGACUGUGUGUCUCGGGAUGCCGGCGUGUGCUCGGUUCCUCUGCUGACGCCCUGCAGUAAAGCCGUGGUCAGUCAGGCGCUGAAGGACAGCUUUAACGGCUUCUCCAAGGUGCAGCGCGUCUGCGGGAUCUCCAACAACCCGUGUAAGUGGACCAAGCAGCACGUCCUGCAGUGGCUGUACUGGGCCUCCGGAGAGUUCAGUCUGACCAACAUCAGCUUCUUCAAGUUUGACAUGAGCGGACAGGAGCUGUGCGACCUGGGAAAGGACGGAUUCCUGGAUCUGGCUCCGGAUUUCGUGGGCGAUAUCCUGUGGGAGCAUCUGGAGCAGAUGACGAGAGCCUGUCAUGAGGAUGACGAGGCCAGAGUCUUGAGUCGCUCGUCUGAGUGCAGCUGGACCAGCAGCAGCUCCGGCAGUCUCGGUCUGGAGGAGUGUUCUCUGAAGGUUCCGGAGUCUUGCAGCAGUCUCCUGCGGGAGCUCUUCGAGACGUCUGAGGAGUCGGGUCUGCUGGCGUUCGGUCAGGAGCUCUCCAUGUACCCCAAACCUCAGCUCAGCUCCGUCAGCAUCAGCCACACCAGUCGAGUGUCGUCGGUGGAGAGCGUGGAUGGCUCGGAGAGUGUCCUCCGCUCCUGGGGGAGCCACUCGUCGCUCGCUGAUGCCCAGCGCGUCCCGUCCUACGACAGCUUCGAGGAGGAGCUCUGCGUGGCUCCGCUGGGCCUCGGCAAACAGGGCCUGUCCUUCAAAGACUACGUCCAGGAGAGGAACGAGCCGCUGGAGCAGGGCAAACCCGUCAUCCCCGCCGCCGUGCUCGCCGGAUUCACCGGGAGUGGCCCCAAGAAUCGUCUCGGUCUGGAGGAGUGUUCUCUGAAGGUUCCGGAGUCUUGCAGCAGUCUCCUGCGGGAGCUCUUCGAGACGUCUGAGGAGUCGGGUCUGCUGGCGUUCGGUCAGGAGCUCUCCAUGUACCCCAAACCUCAGCUCAGCUCCGUCAGCAUCAGCUACACCAGUCGAGGUUAUCUCACGAGGCUGUUCUUGUGCCGUCAGGUGGCGCGCCGCUGGGGAAAGAGGAAAAACAAGCCUAAGAUGAACUACGAGAAGCUGAGUCGAGGCCUGCGCUACUACUACGACAAGAACAUCAUCCACAAGACGUCAGGGAAGCGCUACGUGUACCGCUUCGUCUGCGACCUGCACAACCUGCUGGGAUACACGGUGGAGGAGCUGCACGGCAUGCUGGGAGUGCAGCCGGACACCGAGGACUGAAGCGCUCGCGGAGACACCCGUGUCACGUCCUGACCUCAGCGGAGGUCUCUGUUUGAGGAGAACGGCCGGUUCGGUCGACGCACGCUUCUCCGGUCAGCCGAGCGUUAAACACACUUUAAAACACUGAUCUGAUCUUCUGACACUGUGUUCACUGAACCAGACGAUUCCUGGAAUAAUGUAGAUUCACCGAGAGACGGAAGAGCGUUUAUUUUCCGAGCACACGGCGGGGAUUGCCCGAUCUGUGAUUUAUCGCGGCGGAGCUCUGGAUCGAUUGAUUUAUUGAGAACCGCAUUUUCAGGUUUGAAUCGCAUCUGGUGGCCUUUCUGAUGGAACAAUCACUCUGAACUCUUAACUCUUUCCCUGCCAAACACAGAAUUUUCCGUGUUUUCACUGUUAAACGCUAGGGGGCGCUAUUACGCAUCUCCUGAAUGAGUCUAGAAUCACUCGAUCAAAAACACAGACCAGGAAGACGCAGAAACCAGCGCUCUCUUAUGUAAGCAUGUGCAUAUGAAAAACAAUGCGAUCAUCAACACUAACCGCGUAUAAAUGAAACCUGCCUAAUGCUAGCGAGUGACAUGUGGAUCCAGAAAGUGUUAAAGGCCUGUGAAGCUUUGGGAGCGCUGAUGGAAGCAUCUACUGCAGCUUUGCUUUGAUAAUAUC